AUGGAAGAUCAGCAUCCCUCGUCUCCGACGGCCCCCAACGACUCUCCAGGACCGCCUGGUGAUGAGGCGCUUCCAUCCCCGGAGGCCGCCCUUAUCCUCGACCGAAUCAAGACUUACCAACGGGCGCCAACCGCCCUUCCAGCGUGGCUGGAACAUGUCAAGCAGGACCAACAUGGCUCCGCAGCCAGGACCUUCUACGAGCAGGGCGGAUUCGCAGCCUGGUUUGGUUAUUCCCUCCUCAAGCAUGCUGCCGACCACCAAACCUCCUUUGCGGGCAAGGCAGCCUGCAAGCACCUCGUUUCCCGCCUAAACGAUAGCACCGCAGAUUAUCAAAGACGACUAGCCACGGAGGUGAUUGAGCGUCUUCCAGAACGCGACAAGAGAAGGAUCAAAGCCCUGCACAGGAAGCUUGAACUAGGUCGGACACAGAAGAUGCUGCCCGGGCAGCACCGGAGCAAGAGGCAACGUGUGACCGACGAUGAUUCCGUAUCACCCUCGCCAGCACCAGAACCAACUGUCACGUUGAGUCCGAUUCGGGCUCCCUCGGUAAGGGAGCAAGCAACGGCCCAUUUCACGCUCGAUAACUUCUUCUUUCGCCACGACGACAUUCUUGUCAAUGCCUCUCUUGAAUCAGUUCGCAAAUUGUUCCCAGAAGAUCUGUCAAACUCGAUCGGAAUACUUCCUCAGCCAAACAUCGAAAACAAGGCGAUAGCUGCUUUGUCCAUGUCAUUUCCUCGCGAGUCGUCCAACGAGACGCAGGUCUGCCAGAUGGCCUUGGAGAUAACACAGGAUAGGAUACAACAUUUCGCCAUGGAGUGGAUGACGUGA